AUGGAAUGUCAAGAACCUGGCACAUCCAGUCAGCAGAGAGAGGCUGUAAAUGUCUCUGAGAAGAUGGAAUGGACAUCAACUGUUGGUUCCCCUUGCUUUAGAUGUCGAUCUAAACAAUACACUAAUUCAGAAGUACAGGCUACCGUGUCAGACGAGAUCACUGUCUGUGAGGAGACUGACGAGGCUCGAAACGUCUCCGUUUCGCAGCAAAAUGUCCGCAGGUCGGGUUGUCUUCCCGAAGGAAAUAGUUCCACAACAGAUGAUAUUAUUAUGUUGGAGGACACCUGUAAGUCAGUAAGUAGCAUUGUGGUAGAGAAUUCUGCUGAUGGGCCAGAGUACAUUUGUCACUUGGGAGGCAGUGUUUGUGACUUUGUGAUGGAGCCAGUGGAACUCGAGACAGUGGCAGAUCACAGUGGCUUGGAGAUAAGUGCAACCACUUCAGGUCUCGUUUCUGAAGGUGUCUGUGCUGAAGAAAAUGUGCUACUCACAUUAGAGGAUCACAACCAGAUGCCGAAUAGUAGUGUGAGAGAGAAGAGUAAGCAAGUUUCAAAGCAGUCUUCCAAAGUGGUGAACUGCACAGCAAACAAUGUGGUCUUACUGGAGGGGGACGGUAACCUACAAAAUGAUGUACCAGUGGAAGAAGAUGGGUGCAUGUCGGGAAGUCACGAUGUGAUAGAUAUUGGAGGAGAUGAGCUGAAUGAGAUCCACACAGAUGCAGACAUGGAGGAUGACCGAGAACCAGAAGCGAACACAAAUGUAGAACAUAUUAAUGAAAUAGACAUCAGUAUGGAGGAGCAGAAAGAUGUGUGUGAUAAGGUAAAUGAGGGACAAACAGUUGAGACAAGUGUCGACGAAGGAGAGGUAACGACCUGUGAGGAGGAGGAGGACGUUCGAGGACAUGUUGGUGUAACAGGUGAUGGAGAUUCAGAAAAAGCAGUACAUGGGUUGCAUGAUGAGGAUUCAGAUACUGACACGUACGAGCAAAAAGACGCAAACACAGGCACGAAUGUGACUGCCAAGAGACAAUCUCGUAUAGUUUUUAAAAUUAGAACGAAGAAAAAGGUAGUUCCUUUAAAAAUGGUUCUGCCUGCCGGAUGGAGCACAGAUGUGGAUUCUGAUGUAAAUGGUGAUGGAGUUGGUGAUGAUGAAGAUAUUGCAAAUGCAGAUGAGAAGAGAGAAGCAGAUUCUGAUCUUGUAAAUAUUGAUGAUGCAGAUGAAAAUUCAAAUGAGUGCGCAGGUAAAGGCAGUAAAGCAAAUGCAACUGCAGCCAAGAGGAGAGAAACAGAUUCUGAUCUGGCAAAUAUUGAUGAUGUAGAGGAUAAUUCAGAUGAGUGCACUGUUGAAGGCAGUAAAACAAAUGCAUCUCCAGACAGAAAGAGGGAUGCAACUUCUGGCCCAGUAAAAAAUGUUAACCCAGAAAUUAAAGCGAGUGAGCGAACAGUAAAAGGCAGGAAAACAAAUGUGAAUCCUACUAGGAAAAGAGAAGCAGCCUCUGAUCUGGUAAAUAUUGACUCUGUAGAAGAUAAUGCUGAUGGACACACAGUAAAACGCAGUAAAACAAAUGAAACUGCCAGUAGGAAGAAGGAUGCAACACCUGAUCUGGUAAAUAUUGAUGAUGCAGGAGAUAAAGCAAAUGAAAGCACAGUAAAACUCAGUAAAACAAUUGCAGGUAAGAAGAGAGAUUCAACUUCUGACCUGAUUGAUACUGACGAUACAGAAGGUAAUGCAAAUGAAAGCACAGUAAAACGUAGUAAAACAGCUGCUGGUAACAAGAGAGAUUCAACCUCCAAUCUGGUGGAUAUAGAUGAUGCAGAAGUUGAUGCAAAUGAAAGCACAGUAAAAUGCAGUAAAAAAACUGUGGAUAAGAAGAGAGAUUCAGCUUCUGACCUUGUGGACAUUGACAAUGUACAAGAUAAUUCAAAUGAAAGCACAGUAAAAUCCAGUAAAACAGAUGCCGGUAAGAAGAGAGAUUCAGCUUCUGAUUUGGUGGAUAUUGACGAUGCAGAAAGUAAUGUAAAUGAAAGCUCAGUAAACCACAGUAAAAUAACUGCUGGUAAGAAGAGAGAUUCAGCUUCUAACCUGGUGGAUAUUGACGAUGCAGAGGGCAAUACAAAUGAAUGCACAGUGAAAUGCAGUAAAACGACUGCAAAUGCUGAUAAGAAGAAAGAGAGGGGUUCUGCUGUGGUGAUUAUUGACGGUAAUGAAAAUGAACGAACAGAAGUUCUCAGUAAAAGGAAUCCAACUGGUAAGAGGAACAAUGACGUAGCUUCCACUGUGGUAAAUAUUGACGAUGUGGAUGACAGUUCAGAUGAGCAAAAGGAUGUUAUCAGUAAAAGGAAUGCAACUAGUAAGAGGAACAGUGAUAUGGAAUCCAAUGUGGUAAAUAUUGAUGAUGUGGAUGACAGUUCAGAUGAGCAAAAGGAUGUUCUCAGUAGAAGGAAUGCAACUGGUAAGAGAAAUAGUGAUGCAGAAUCUGAUGUGGUAAACAUUGAAGAUGUGGACGAUAAUGCUGGCAAGUGCGAAGGAAGUCCCAAGAAUGCGAAUCCAGUGGCCCGGAAGGAGUCUGCUAUAUUUACAGAUGUCAUAGAUGUCGACGAAGGAGACAGCGAUGUUGAAUUAGUUUUCCCCAAAGAAGAGUCACAACGACACGAACGGAGGCUGCUUGUUGAUGACGUUCCAUGCAGCCUGCCAAAAUCAGUUCUCAGAACAUAUUUUGGAAAAUUUGGAAGGGUAGAGCAAAUAAAAAUACUACCAAUGCCCUCCAGGAGAUCACAGCGAUAUGCUGUAAUGGAAUUCAAUACGAAACAAGCAGUGGAUGCCAUCCAAGCAGCCCGACCACAUGUGGUGGAGUCUGGAGUCGAGUUUGUUACUUACCGUGGCAGUUCAAGAGAUGUUGACACUUCGUUAAACACAAGACUGAAGGACAGGAUCAUAGUGAAAGUACAAAAAGAUAAUGGGAAAUUAACUGCAGAUGACAUACAGCAGUAUUUUGCAAACUACGGCCAUGUAUAUCACAUAGAACGAGUGAUACUUACUGGAGUAGAGAGCGGGUCUUCUAUGUAUGUAGUCAGCUUCGAGGACUACGACUGUGCCGACGUGGCUUGCUUAAACAGUCCACAUACAAUCAAAGGUGUGGAGAACAUAACCUGUGAAAAGAUAGAAGACGACGAACUCCUCUUGUCGGGGACAGAGAUGGACCCCAUUUGCAUCGAGUACGACAGCGAUGUGGAGGAGGUUCCAGUCGACGACCCAAAGACGGAGCCAUCUUUUACACGGCAGAGUGAGGAGCUGAAAAGCCUGGACGAACCAUCCACGAGUGGCUUACAGUCCAGUGGAGGGAAGGGACUGUCGGGUGAAGGGGCCGAUGUGUAA